GCACAUUACGGCUAGACGCCACCCGGCAUCAAACAAGAAGAAGAAGAUCGCACCGGAAGUAGCUUUGUUUAUCCGGAAAACGUGUGUUCUAACGUCAGUGAUACGGUUUAAAUUUCUGCGCAAAAAUCCCCGAGUUAGAGACUUGAGAGGCACAGCGAUCAAACCGACCAGAGCUCGGUGAUCAUCUGUCUGUUCGGCUGUUGUCGACCCAGCUUGGUGUGAAUCGGCGACGCGAGCCGAGAUGAAGCCGCCUGCUCGUACUCGAAUUAAACCAGGUCGCAUCCGGACACCCGACGGGUCACCGCCGGGCGCGGGUGCAGUGUCCCAGAGCUGGAAGCGGUCGGAGCGGAAGAAUCUGCUGAAGGCCCUGCAAACGCUCAGCGAGGCGACUGGGGGCCGAGGAGACCUCGACUACGCCGCCCUGAGGAAACAGGUGCCCGCUCGGUCCAUCGCUGAGAUCCACUCUGUUGUAGAGGGUCUUAAGGACAAAGUGAUCUCCUCUGCGAGCUUCUACCUGAAAAACAAAGAGAUGGUCAGGAAGCCCAUCGAGAUGUGGACACACAUGGCUCUGGCUAUGACUGGGACCCUCAACGAACCCAUUUGUAGUGCUUUCUCUCAGAUGCUGAUAGUGUCAUCCACGGAACCUCGCACUCUGAGGAACUGCGACCCUCCUCAGGACAACAGACUGUCCACAGUCGCAGGCAGACGUGUGGGUCGCUGCGUCCCUCAGAGACCAAGCAAAGGUAAGCGCCCUGGCACCAAAACAGCCCAUCCUUUUGUGGUAUUGAAGACGCCAGCACCAACCAUAGGUCCGGCCCGGAGACUCCCAGUAUUAUCCAAUGUGGUUCGAUUGCCAAAUAACAGAAUCCCUCCACCCCAGCAACAGCCUUCAAACGCAGCCGGAACCCGACCUGCUGCCACCGGCUCCUCUCCAGCUGCUGUCCCCUCCCACCCCCCAGGUAGAGCAGAGGUACUCGUGCCUCCUACAACUCCACAGCUUGUGUCACCGGCUGCGAUCCCAGUCACAGCCUGUUCCAAUACUACUUCAGAGGUGAAGACUGUGAAUGUUGGCGGCAUUGUAAAGCAGCCUACACAGCAGCUAUCAGAGCGGCAACCCUCCACCGUCUCUACUUUAAAGUCCACUUCUUCCAGUCCUGACAUGCCCCUCGCUUCGUCUGCCACCAGUCUCACCCCAUUCCCCUGUACUGCUCCAUCCUCUGUGAAGUCUUCCAUUUCAGCCACCUCCAACCACCCAGUGGCCCCGCUCUCCACACCUGCUGCUGCAUUUCCUUCCAGGGUUGGCUGCACCAGCAGAUCUGCCACCAAAACCACUAUCAGGACCUUCGCUGUCAACUGUGAUGUGGACUUUGAGAGGAUCUAUCACUACAUGAGCGCCAUGCACGAGCCGGACGACAAGCGCCCCCUCACCCCCAUGGAGAGUGCCAUCAUGUUGGACCUGUUGAUGUCUCUUCCAGAGGAGCUUUCCCUGCUGCACUGCACCAAACUGCACAAACAUCUGAUCCAGAUGUACCAAAGUCUAUCAUCCCCUGCUAACUCCACGAAUGGCAGAGAACUGUUUAAAGACCAACAGGAUGGACUCUCUGCUCAGACAGGUGGUCGAGACAUCCCAGCCUGUCAGCAGAACACUGCUCAGGCCGUCGACAGCAGUGGAGUCAAGGACAGUGAAGAGCCGGAGGUGGCUGAGAGCCAAUCAUCAGGAACCAACAACUCCUCUGUCCAACCAGGGAAGGACAAUGAGAUGGGAUUCACGCCCCUCAAUCCUUUUUUGGUGCCACUGCAACUUUUGAUGCGUAGAUAGGUUGCAUUCAAAACGUAUAAAACAAAUGUGCAAUGUUUUUUUAGGAGGAAUUAGUCAUGUUCUCAUCUCACACAGUCUUGACCCACAAAUGUGUAGGUUGUCAAUUGCUGAAGGGCUGCGUUUUUAGCUUGUGUAUUUUCUGAAUACAAAAAAAUAGAAUUUGUGAAAUGUGAAAGUUUGCUUUGAAUUUCUCUUCAGAUUCAUCAACUUGUUUAUUUAUUCUUAAAACUGACUGUUGCUUCUUUAAUUUAGAUUUCAGACAGUUUUAUUUAGUUUCUGUUCCAUUGCUAAUAAUAAGCACAGACUGUUAUUGCAUUGCAUAUGUACUGAUGCCAAAACCACAGCGUGCUGCUACCACCACGAGUCCGUCUCAUCGUAACAUGAAUUUCUCGUUUUUAAUAAUACUCUCUAAAUAUUAUUAUAUUUUACCAUGAUUAUGUAAUACUAACAUAUUUUGUUUUAGAAUGUUUUUCAUGGUAUUAUUAGAUAUUUAUGUUUCCACAACAAAUAAAUGAAAUGAAGUAUUUAUUGUGAAUAACAAAGAAUGAAAUGUUUAGAAUUUUUUUUAUUUUAUAAAAGAUGUUU